AUGAAUAUCGACUACUAUGGACGUAUCGCGGAGAGUCUCCAGUUCGACAACACUCCUGUUAUGAUCGCGACAAACGCGUGCUUCAUAAUUGGUCUUCUACAGUACACAUAUGCCAUAAGACUUCUCAUUCGCGAAGGUCAAGGUCCUAUACCAUUCUGGAUGCAAACCUUUUAUGUCGCCCACGAAUUGACUUUCGUCUAUCUCUUCGCCGAAGCCGCACACCGCUACGAUUACCACUGGUUCUUCAUCUCAACGUCAUUCUCACUAGCUGUCUGGGCAGGUCUCGAGAUAUUCUGCAUGUGGUAUACCAUCCAGAGCCCCAAGGACCGCAUCGCGACAUUUUCACCUCUCUUUGGAAAACACCCGACUACUUCCUCCAUCUUGACGUACACUUUCUUUCUGCAGCUGGCCAUGUUCGCAGUGGUCUGGAUAUUGAUUGAGUUUCUGGGCGCUGGAAGCUUCAUGCUCACGGGAGCGCUCACCAAUGUCCUUUUGAUCAUCGGACCGACACACGAAUAUCUAUCCCGUGGCUCACGAAACGGUCUGUCGAUUGGGUUCUGUCUUACGAAUGUGGCGUGCGUCAUCUGGACAUUCGCCCCGUUCAGCUUGGGAGCUGUUGUCCUACCUGAGAUUUUCGACCAGACUAUCAUAUAUGUCGCGGGAGUCAUUUUGUUUGGAUCCUCGAUCUGGUUGACGACUGUUGUUGCGUCUUACCCUCCCAAGACAGCUACGAAGGGACAGCCGACCCCAAUUUGGUAG